AUGCUCCAGCCGGACCCUGUGGCGCGCACCGCUCUAUCGAUGCUUGCGACACAUCCGUGUAUCCGUCAGAAGCUGCGGUCUGAGCUGGUCCACAACACUCUCCGCCGCAGCCCUCUACAGCACGCAAUCUUCUCGUGCGACGAGGCCAUGGUUCUCCAGCGGAUGCGAACAGACGCCGGAGGCCGCGACGCCCAAGGCUGCACAGCUCUUUUCCUGGCGGCGCAACGCGGUAUGCAUCAGCUCCUCAACCUCCUCGUGGGGGCAGAGGCGGACAUCGCAGACAGUCGGGGGCGCACUGCUCUAAUGGCUGCGGCGGCAAACAACCGCGUUGGCUGCAUCGAUAGGCUUCUCCCCUUCCAGCACGGCAGGCAGGACUUCGAUGGAGACACUGCCCUGAUCUAUGCGGCGCGGUUCUGGGCUACAGAUGCUCUCAGUCUUCUCAGGACUGAAGCGCGGCUGCAGAACAAGCGCGGCGAGACGGCCCUGAUGGUGGCCGCCGCCUCAAACUACGUGGAGGGUGUUGAGGCGCUCCUUCUUUACGAGGCCCGCGCUCAAACGGUAGAGGGGUGGACAGCCCUCAUGUGCGCCGCGGUCGUGGGCGCCACGGCUGCGGUCUGCCAGCUCGUCACCGUUGAAGCAGGGCUCCGGAACAACCGUGGCCGGACAGCGCUGAUCGAGGCCGUCCUCUGUGGCCAGAUGGCAUCUGUGCAUGUGCUUGCCCCUCUGGAGCACGGAGCAAUUGAUGCAGCAGGGCGCUGCGCUUUGAUGUAUGCGGCGAGCCGGGGACACACACCCGCCAUCAGGAUCCUCUGCCCACUCGAAGGAGACGUCCUUGACCCCAGCGGGUGCGACUACAGAAGCUACGGGGAGACAGACUGUUUACUAUAA